GCUGACUCCUGUCGUUUGAGGAGCAGAUAUGUGGGACGGACAGUCUAAAACGUGUCAUGUGCACGCCCUGUUCGAUGCCUUUGUUCAAGCCGCCACAUGCAGGGAGACCUUCAGGGCCUUCCAGGAGCUGUGUGAAGAGCUGAAGCUGCAUCCCGGCGGUCAGCCGCAGUUCUACCACAUCCUGAGGAGCAGACUGCACUACUGGAAGGCCAAAGCACUAUGGGCCAAACUGGAUAAAAGAGCCAGCCAGAGAGAAUACAUGAGAGGCCAUGCUUGCACCAGCACCACGUGUCUGAUCAUAGGUGCAGGUCCGUGUGGAUUGCGGACAGCUAUAGAGCUGCGAUUUCUGGGCGCCAGGGUGGUUCUGGUGGAAAAGCGAGAUGCUUUCUCACGGAACAAUGUUCUUCACCUUUGGCCAUUCACCAUCCAGGACCUCCGUGGUUUGGGGGCCAAAAAGUUCUACGGGAAGUUCUGUGCUGGAGCCAUAGACCAUAUCAGUAUUCGUCAGUUGCAGCUGAUGCUUCUGAAGGUGGCCUUGUUAGUGGGCGUUGAGAUUCAUGUGAAUGUGGAGUUCAAACAUCUAGUGGAACCUCCAGAGGACCAAGAGAAACGUGUUGGUUGGCGAGCAGAAGUCCACCCCAACUCUCAUCCAGUCAGUCAGCUGGAGUUUGAUGUGGUUAUUGGGGCAGAUGGUAGAAGAAACACCUUACCAGGGUUUCGCAGAAAGGAGUUUCGGGGGAAACUGGCCAUUGCCAUCACGGCGAAUUUCAUCAAUCGCAACACCACCGCCGAGGCUAAAGUGGAGGAGAUCAGUGGUGUUGCCUUCAUCUUCAACCAGAGGUUUUUCCAGGACCUCCGGCAGGCUACCGGAAUUGAUCUAGAGAAUAUAGUAUAUUACAAAGAUGACACUCAUUACUUUGUAAUGACCGCCAAAAAACAAAGUCUUCUGGAGAAAGGAGUCAUUCUGCGCGAUUAUGCUGACACUGAGAUGCUACUGUCCAGGAAUAACGUGGACCAGAAUGCACUGCUCUUAUACGCCCGUGAAGCAGCUGAUUUCUCCACCAACCAUCAGCUCCCUAUGCUGAACUUUGCCAUCAACCACUAUGGGCAGCCAGAUGUGGCUAUGUUUGACUUUACCUGCAUGUACGCCUCUGAGAACGCAGCGAUGGUCCGUCAGCGCGGGGGACACCCUCUGCUGGUCGCUCUGGUGGGGGAUAGUUUACUAGAGCCGUUCUGGCCAAUGGGUACAGGAAUUGCUCGGGGCUUCCUGGCAGCCAUGGACACGGCCUGGAUGGUUCGCAGCUGGGGUCAGGGCAACACCCCUUCACAGGUUCUGGCUGAGAGAGAGAGUGUGUAUCGGCUGCUUCCUCAGACAACACCAGAAAACGUCAGUAAAAACCACAGCCAGUACAGCAUGGAUCCUGCUAGCCGCUAUCCCAACAUCAAUAUGCAACUCAUCAGCGCUGCUCAGGUGUGUCAUCUCAUAGACACAGGUGAGGGUCCAGUUUUGAGCCUUGAUGCAGUCAGCUCUCCACACCCAAGACUUACACGCCAAGAGUCAGUGGCUCGUUACAGUAAGCUGCUGAGCUGGUGUCAAGAGCAAACACACGGCUACAUGAACGUGUGUGUGACGGACUUCACAACUUCCUGGAGGAGCGGCCUGGCCCUGUGCGCUCUCAUUCACAGAUUCAGACCUGACCUCAUUGAUUUUGCAUCUCUGGAGGAGAGUGAGGCGGAGCUCAAUGGUCAGUUGGGUUUGGACAUGGCGGAGCAGGAAUUUGGUAUUUGUCCUAUAAUGACCGGAAAGGAGAUGAGCACACUGGAAGAGAGUGACUCUCUUAGCAUGGUCAUGUACCUCAGUCAACUUUAUGAGCUCCUCAAAGACACAGCGCCAGCUGGUGGAAACCUGAGCUCAGAAGAGAAAGCUGUUCUGUUCUCCAGCACCAGGUCACCCAUCUCACUGCUGAGCAAACUGGGACAGAGUCUGUCCCGCAAACGCAAUCCCAAGGAUAAGAAAGAGAAGGAAGCAGAUAGUGUUGGAAAGAGGAGGAGAACAAGCCAGACUGGCCAGUCAGAGGAGGAGGACGUUCCUCAUGAUACCAAAGAAAAUAAGACUUCAGAAGCAACUCCUGGUUCAGAACCAAAGGUCGCUGAGGGUCACGGCAGGGUUCGGUCCAUGGCAACGCUACUGCUGGCUAAAUUUGAGGAGAACUCACUGUCGGCCUCAGCCACUGCAACACGCCGACAGAGCUACAUUCAGAUGUAUACGGGCGGAGUGAGCUCAUUGGCUCAGCAGAUAGCCAAUCAGAUUCAGAGUCAGCAGGAUCAAGCUCCCAAGCUCCUUCACAGGAGGGAGUUGGGUUCUCAAAAGGAGUUUCCUGUGAAUAUGGGCGGCAGCGAUGUGUGUUAUUUCUGUGGCCGUCGCGUUUAUGUCAUGGAAAGGCUGAGCGCGGAGGGAAAGUUCUUCCACAGGAGCUGCUUCCAGUGUGACCACUGCAGCUCCACGUUACGCCUGUCCAACUACGCUUACGACCAGCUACAUGGUGUGUGUGUACGAUUAACCGCUUCAUACUUUGACAGCCCACUGCAGGAGGUCCCAGAGGAGACGCUUGCACAGCACAACCUCAGCGCUAGCCUGCAGGAGAAGAACACAGAGGAGCAGUCCAGUAGCUCUGAGUCGGACCUAGAUGAGGAGGAGCUUGCCUGGAAGAAGGAGGAGGGGCCGAACAUCAGGACCAAUGGAGAGAGAGAGUUAGGCCUGGGGAAGGAGCUAAAGGAGGAAGAGGGAGGAGAGAACCAGGAAAAACAAGAGGAGGAGGAGGCUGAGGAUGAGGAAGAGGAAGAAGAAGUAGGAGAAGUUUCAGAAGAAGAACAAGACCAGGGAGAUUCUAGUGAUGAGGGUGAGUACUGCCCUUGGGAGAGGGAACGGCUUUCAGGGGUGUGGCUUGAUGAAGAGGAGGCGGGGUUUGUUAAAGAGUCGUUUGAAGGAUACAGUGAUGACACAGAUAUAGACACCAGCUCCGUAAGAGAGUCCAAACCAUGUGACCAACAGGAACAAAAAGAGUCCAUUUCAUUGCACCAGUCACCUGCAGAGUCCUCACCCUCUUUGAAACCACCAGAAUCAGGCCCCACUCCCACAUCUGAGCUAUCGACAAACCCCGAGAACCCACCUGUCAAGAGGUUAGAGGUCGUAGAGGAGUUCUGGCUGAAGAGUGCAGAGAUCAGGAAGAGUUUAGGCCUGACUCCACUGCCUAGAGAAUGCGACCCCAAACAUACGGCAGCCCAAACAUCUAACGUUAAAGAAAGCUUUUAUACCUCAGUCGCUUACAUACCGUCCUGCAAUACCAAUUCUGUCUACCAAAUGCCAAGAAACUGUGACUCCAGCACACAAACUCAAUCUCAAAGUACAUCCUCGCCUGAACCAUCUCACACUAUGGACGGCGAUGCAGGCGUUGCUUUAGAAGAGACGAUUGGCCGCUGUUCUGUAAUCCACAGACUAAGUAUCACUGUAGAAGGUUGUGUGAUGGGGGACAAGCAGGAUUUGGACCUAAAUUCCACCUCAUUUGGAAAUGAAAGCUUUUUAAAUCCAGACACAGGUCUUCCGACUCCUCCCUACAGCCCAUCUCACUCCCCUCUCGUCGGCAAGCAGUGUCGCGCCCUUCAUCAUUCUGAACCGAUACUGGACCGAGAGGUUAUGGUCUUCUCAUCGACCUGCGCUACUCCUGUUCCACAGCGGGACGGUUUUAAUCCCGACCUCGAUCAAGCUCGGAGUCUUCCUCUGGAUGAAAUUGAGAUCCUGUGUGGAGAUGAGGCAGAAGAAGCUUCCAGACUUCUGGAAAGAUCCGGUGUCUCGGAAACCGGGGACACGGCCAGCCAGACGGACAACCGUAGGCUGGAGCAAAGGAGGACACUUCCAGACCGGAUGGUCGCCCCACUGCUGGCAGGAGGACCGGAGGUCAGGCUUCGUAGGUCAGAGAUGAAGUUGUGGGGGGCGGACACGGGUGUGGAGGAGAAAGAGAAAAAGCGCAACUCGUUGUUCUCCCCCCGUAAAAGCAGGAAGAGCAUGAACACAGCGGCUGAGACUCAGCGGGAGCCAGGAAAGCACAAGUCCCUCUGGAAGACUGUUUUUUCGGUGUAUAAGAAGGACAAAAAGAGGAAGGAGGCUGUGAUGGUGGCGGAAACUCUACCUGCCGCAACUAACACCGAGAGCAAGCGGAAAGUGUCGGGAAUCAACAGAACCUCAGACUUGUGUUUCCGAAAGAAUCCUAGUUUCUCUGAAGAUACAGACUUGUCCUGCCAUGCUCUUCUAGAAAGAUGUCCUCUUAGAGCUCAGAGAGCAGAAACGGAGGAAGAACUCAACGCCAAGCUGACACGCCGAGUGCAGAGAGCAGCGCGCAGACAGGCCAAGCAGGAGGAGCUGCGGAGGCUGCACAGGGCGCAGAUAAUCCAGCGUCAGUUGGAGCAGGUGGAGGUCAAGCAGAGGCAGCUGGAGGAGAAGGGUGUAGCUGUGGAGAAAGCACUCAGAGGCGAAGCAGACUUCUGGGGAGACUCUAGUACAUCUAACCUUUUGGACAUUCAUCUGGGUGGAAUGGGAAAGAAAGAUGAUCCUAGCUUAAUGCAUCAGUGGUUUAAACUGGUGCAAGAGAAGAAUGCUCUCGUGCGCUAUGAAUCUGAGCUCAUGAUAUUUGCACGUGAACUGGAGUUGGAGGACAGACAGAGCCGAUUGCAGCAAGAGCUGAGAGAGCGCAUGGCGGUGGACGACGAUCUGAAGGGGGAGGAUGAGCUGGCGGAGGAGAGGCGUAUAUUGAGCGAGAUGCUGGAUGUGGUGGAGCAGAGGGAUGCGCUGGUGGCCUUGCUGGAGGAGCAGCGAGUGAGGGAAAAAGAGGAGGACAGUGACCUGGAGGCCGUCAUGCUUUCUAAGGGCUUCAGUCUGCACUGGGACUGAUUUGCACAUGCAUGAAUCUCAUCAUACCGCUUGAAGGGCUACUCUGUGUCUGUUUGUGCAACAAAAAUACGCAGCUGCUGUUUUCAUUGGUCCAAACAGGCCCGUCCACCUGCACUCUGGGCCGUAUGUGCAACUGCAUAGGUGUCUAAAUAAUGAAUGCCAGGACACAGCAAGAGAUUGACCCAGAGGAAGUGAUUCCUCCGAGGUGCAAAAUACUGACCCUGAUUAGGACAAAUGGCAAUGUCUUGCUGCCAAAUACUACUACUCUAGACUGCUACGCUACUAUGCAACGGAACAUCUUUUUGUUUGCUCUCUUUGUUGAUAAAGUUAAGGUACAUCUGUAGUUUUACCCAGAUCCACCAUGUUUUGACUUAACAGAAAUGAAUAUGGAAUGGCAUAUAUAACCACAUUGUCAACAUACAGUACAGACUGACGCAUGUAAACUUAUACAAAAUAAGACCUGUGUUUAUGAAUGACUGAGAUGUUUUUCUUUUUUUGGACAACCUGUAUAAGCUAACCUCACACACAAUUGUCCAUUCUUAAUAUUCAUUUAUUGGAUGAAAUGUGCUUUUUAAAAAAAAAAGUAUCUUAAUUUUCUCUGCAUAAUCUACUUGCACAUAAUUUAUUUUACAUUUUGUUGCUGUUAUAUUUAAUUCUGUAAAACUUCCUUGCAUUAAACAACCAU